GCAGGUUGGGUUGUUACCACAGCGGUGUGAAGUAGAAUGUCUCGAUUGUGCAGACAGAACUUGAUAUUUUUUUAAAGAGUGAUUGAGGGUUGAUACCUGUCGGAGGGAGGGGCACUACCAGCGAGAUGAGCAGCCGCAUCAGGUCUCUGCUUCAGAAGAAGAUCCUCCAAAGCACUGGACUCCCAGACCUCCCAAUCUCCCAGCAUUUGUCCCUAAAACUCGACAAAACCACAAAUGCAUUUGCCUACGAAUUCCCCUUGAGAACCCCCAGUUACGACAUUCGAGGUCACUCUGACCUGCUCACCUCUCUCCAAAUAGAGGACGACCUCUUCAAGACCGUGAGCCUAACGAAACGAAAAAACCACGAGUUCCUCUCGAUCUCGAUGAACCGCGAGAGCUUCGUAAAACAGACCCUAGAGUGUAACCGGCGCCAGGUCGUUCCCCCAGGGGUCGCCGAGGCGAAUAAAAAAAUCCUCGUGGAGUUCUCCUCCCCGAACAUCGCCAAGCCCUUCCACGUGGGGCACCUCCGCUCCACAAUAAUCGGAAACUACGUUUCGAACCUGAAUAAAUACCUCAACAAUAGAGUCCUGAAGCUGAAUUACCUGGGGGACUGGGGAACGCAAUUGGGAUUUAUCCUCCUGGGGAUGGAUCUGCUGGACAUUCCAGCGGAGAAAAUGAGGGACGAUCCGAUGCGACAGCUGUACGAGGCGUAUGUCCACGCGAAUAAAUUAUCGGAGAGUGAUCCAGGGGUUCUGGACAAGGCCAGGGACAUCUUCCAGAGGCUGGAGAAGGGGGAUGCGGCGGGCCUGAGCCGCUGGGAGAUGCUGAAAAAUUUAACUGUCAAGGAGUUGCAGAAGACUUACGAGAGGCUGGGGGUGCAGUUUGACGAGUACCACUGGGAGUCCUCCUACAAUUUCUCGAAGAUCACUGGAGUGAUAGAUCACAUGGGGCAAUUGGAGCUGCUGAGGGUCGAUGAGCAGGGCAGAAAGGUCGUCGAAAUUAAUGAGAAGAGAAAUUUACCGAUAAUUAAGAGUGAUGGGUCGACGUUGUACAUCACUAGGGACAUCGCAGCGGCGAUUGAUCGUGCGGGGAGAGGCGAGUUCGACGCGAUGUACUACGUCGUGGAGUCCGGGCAGCAUGAUCACUUGAAUAAUUUAUUCACAAUUUUGGGGAGGAUGGGCUACUCGUGGGCGAGUAAACUCCAGCAUUUGAAGUUUGGGAGGAUCUCGGGGAUGAGCACGAGGAGGGGAACCGCGGUGUUCCUUGAGGACUUUCUGGACGAGGCGAGGGACGCUAUGAGGGAGCAGCAGAGACAGACUGCGACGACGAAGGUGGAUUUGGACUCUGAGGAAGGGAGCUCGGAUGUCCUGGGGAUUUCUGCUGUUGUUGUUCAUGAUUUGAAGCAGAGAAGAACCAAGGAUUAUAAAUUCAGCUGGGACGUAGCACUAGAUAUAAAAGGCGAGACCGGUGUAAAGCUGCAAUACACCCACUGCCGUCUAUUCGGAAUAGAAGAGAAUAGCGGAGCAACUCUGCCGUCUGAAUGUAACCCACAGCUGUUGACAGAGCCAAUCAUCAAUGAUCUAGUCACCGCAAUUAGUCAAUUUGAUGAGGCGGUUGUUCUAUCCUAUCAGACACUGGAGUCCUGUUACUUGGCCAAGUACCUGUUCAAUUUGAGUCACACAGUGAACAAGACGAUCCAGGAAAUACGAGUCAAGGGUGAAUCAUCGGACGUUGCAGCGCAGCGACUCCUGCUGUAUCAUUCCUCUAGAAAUGUUCUAAACACUGGGAUGAAACUUCUCGGUCUAACACCUCUGAAUAAAAUGUAAAGUUGAAUAAUUCGUUUGUAAUUAACGAUUGAUUACAAGUAACAGAGCAACUAUUCAAUGUCAA